UCUCCAACUUAUUUAGUGGGAAAAUCACAUCUUCAAUAUCUAAUUAAUCUACACUAGAUCCCAAUCCCACCCAUUCUACACUAUCUUCCAACCCACAAGCCGAGCAAACCACCGAGGCGACAAUGGCAGAACCAGGCCGCAGCAAGCGGAAACCCAUCCGAACUUACCACUGUACUUUCUGCAGUCAUCUCCUUCUUGGGAGCACCCGUGAUAUACUCUCCUUACCGCGUCGAAAGGAGCCAUCGCUGGAUCGCGCAUUGAUUGUCCCCCUGCCCACACGCACCACCUCGUCCUCUGCAGAUUCAGACUCCGAUCCCGAAGAAAUGGAAGAGAAAGAAGGCGAAGAAGCAAAAGAAGAACAAGAACAGGAACAAGAAGUAGCGCAAAACCCAAGCACAUCACAGGGUCCUCGCGACGAUGCGCCCAAAAGAUGGAAAGAAAGCAAAGAAAAGCGUGCGCGGAGAACCAAGUCAAGCGAGGAUGAAGAUUACACGAUCCUACUCUCCACUACUGCACCGGAUCGCAAACCUCUCAUGGUCCGUCGCGCCGAUGGGUUUGAGAAACGCUGGUUGAUUCGCUGUGGAAGGUGCAGAGUUAUAGUGGCAUACCUUUUGGAUGAUAUACAUUUCUCAGCGGGGAAGAAGCAAGGUGCACACGAGGAAAAAGAAGACGAGGGGCGUGGACAGAGAGAGAUGCCAAAGGUCGUUUAUUUGCUUCCUGGUGCGGUGAUGGAGACAGCGGAUAUGGGGCAGAGGGAAAUUGUGGCUGAGAAGGAAGAGUGGGCGGAAUGGGCGGAGUUGGCGUCUGGGAAGGAGACGUAGGCUGAUUCGACGGCUUGGGGAUUAUUGGGAUUUUGAAGCGAAUGCAACGUGAAUUUUGAGAACCCGCUGUGAUCGAGAGUUUUUCCCUGGAGGGAGCCGCAAGAGCAUGCAGCAGAUAUUGACCGCUAAAUCAUUAAGGUUGUUGCUGCAUACAACUACGUACGCCCACGCAUAACCCUGUAGCAACAUGGCCUGCGUGGUCCAGCUUUGAUCUAUAUCAAAAGCGGGUGGUCCUCGUACCACCAAGCAACUGCAAGGGCUCGAAAAUGCAAGGCCAUUAAUGGUAA